CAGAACAACCAUAAAAACCAAGGCAUUUAUCGGAGGCUUCUAGAAUUCUAAAGGGUGAUAUACGGACCUAGUGACGUGAAGUGACAUUGUGAACCUACAGCAGCUAUGUCCACCACUGAUGGUAACGUAAAUGAUCUGGCAGCGAGCACUGGAACAACCUUUGCAACGCACACUGAGACUGUUCUGUAGUACCACACAAGACAACAUUGCGGCGCAACACGUUUUCUGUCACAACCCAUCCGUAUACACCCACUGUUCGUGUUAUUCCAGGUGUUCCACCAACUACCAGACCAAUGACAGACAACCAACCGGCCAGUUCGAAUUCCAGAAUUGAUGUUCUAUCUCUCACCGGUAUUGGGAUAGUAGCUUCUGUUUUUGCAUUGUUUGCUGUCAUCUUGGCCUUUGCCGGAUUCAAGUUCCUAUGGAAGAAACGACAGCAACGAGCAGCCGAUCACGACCGUCCGGCUGCCGUCAACAACCCUGCAUUCGAUGAAGAAAUCUACGAUGUGAUAACAGACGAAGGGUUCAUUGGAGUAGCCACUCUCCCUCCGCCAAUUCCACCACCCUUAAAGCAAAAAGAUGACGACUAUCUGGACGUAUACAGAUCAGUUCUGGAAACGUCAAACGUUCAAGAUUCCUCGGCGUAUAAUCCAGCGACGCCUGGCGAUCCUAUCAAAAAUCACACCCACAAGUCUGGGCACUUGCCAGAUGACACCUCAGAGCAUGAAGAUAACACUUACCUGGACUUAAAUGGGUCGGCGACAAAAGACAUGAACGUCUCCGAAGUCCUAACACCGACACGACCUAUCUGCUCCUUCGACAAUAGUAUUCACACGCCUGUCAAUAUGCUUGAUGACGCUGAUACUGAUCAGGAAUACACCUACCCCACCCGGCCAACUGAUCCGUACCAGCCCCUGGGUGGUUCCUAUGAGCGCCAUCAUGACUACCAGGGUCUGCACAGCAAAGGUGGCAACGGUGAGCAGUCCCAGAACACAGAUCACGACUACAACUAUCCCAAGUGGGAAACCGACUCAUAUAUCAGCCUCUAAGUGGCUCCUACCAACACCAUCAUGAGUACCAAGGUUUGCACAACAAACCACGUCCCCAAGAUACUUCACACGACUACUGUCUGCCUAAAGUCGACUAUUUAUAAACCUACAUCUAUUUGCCUUAUACAUAGAAGGAAGGAUGCCUAUUACUGCUACUAUUAAGACGGACAGUGAUUUUUGUGUGUGCUUGUCAUACUGAUGACAAAUGCAAUACAAUACCUAGCAUAAUAAAAGGUGGCGAGACAGAGAAGCAAAAGGUAGUGAAUUCGAAAAUGUUGACACUGCCUUCGGGACUUUAUGAAGGACGUCUGAAGGUGGAUGGCUGAAGUUGGAAAAGGACCCAGGUCCUCCCCCUAUAAAAGCUAUUUUCUGUCAGGGAGCAAGGAUCGAAAUUGACUCUUACCAUCAUCCCGACAUCAUAAAUGGAUUACUCUCUGUAGGCGUCCAGCUCAACCCGCCUGGCCACAAGAACAAUAUAAUGGAACCAAAGCAGACGACAGGUUCCAUUAUAUUGUUCCUGUGGCCAAAACUGUUUUACCAAUCUGUAAAACUGUCAUUUUCCCCACUAAAUUUUCAUACUGAUAUGUACAUCGAUCAAACUCUGUUGGCAGUGAUUAUUUCUAUCACUCAUUUUCAUUGGAUUUCUCUUACAAUUGAUUAGUUCUUUAAAGACGACAAUGACAACUGUCAGCCAAGAUAAAACCGGUUUAUUCGAAGGCCAGGGUAAUCGCAUUAUUGAUUUGCGUGAUGCAAACGUUAACACGACCAGCAGGUAAAAACAAGAGCUUUUAAAAAAAGCUGGUCUUUCGCUUACUUAU